CUCGCGCCAUGGAGAAGAGCUCGAGCUGCGAGAGUCUCGGCGCGCAGCUCCCAGCGGCAAGGCUGCCCAGCGAGGACUCACUGUCCAGUUAAUGUGUUAAGAACCAUUGACAUUUGAAGAUCAUCAGAAGUGAAGAUAAAACAUCUCAAAAAUUAUAAUUUUACCAUUGUACCUGGAAAACCCUGAAUGCCACAGAUGCGCCAUUUACCUGAAGCUGGCAUGCUGUUUCCCAGUCAUUAGCCUGAAGUGUGGCCGAUUGUGAUUUUUAAAUCACUGGUGCUUCCACUUCUCAUUCAGAGAACUCGGUGCAUACCAAAUCAGCUUCGGCUAUAUCAUCAGAUUCCAUUUCAACGUCUGCAGACAACUUUUCUCCUGAUUUGAGGGUCCUGAGGGAGUCAAACAAGUUAGCAGAAAUGGAGGAGCCAGCCCUGCUUCCAGGAGAGAACAUCAAAGAUAUGGCCAAAGAUGUGACUUACAUAUGUCCGUUCACUGGUGCUGUCCGAGGAACGCUGACCGUCACAAAUUACAGAUUAUAUUUCAAGAGCAUGGAGCGGGACCCUCCAUUUGUUCUAGAUGCUUCUCUUGGAGUGAUAAGUAGAGUAGAAAAAAUUGGUGGUGCAUCUAGCCGCGGUGAAAACUCUUAUGGUUUGGAAACUGUGUGCAAGGACAUCAGGAAUUUACGAUUUGCUCAUAAACCAGAGGGCCGGACAAGGAGGUCCAUAUUUGAGAACCUAAUGAAGUAUGCGUUUCCUGUGUCGAACAGCUUGCCUCUUUUUGCUUUUGAGUAUAAAGAAGUAUUCCCCGAAAAUGGAUGGAAACUGUAUGACCCCCUUCUAGAGUACAGAAGGCAGGGAAUUCCAAAUGAAAGCUGGAGAAUAACAAAGAUAAAUGAACGCUAUGAACUCUGCGACACAUAUCCUGCCCUCUUGGUCGUGCCAGCAAACAUUCCUGACGAGGAGCUAAAGAGAGUGGCAUCCUUCAGGUCACGGGGCCGGAUCCCAGUUUUAUCAUGGAUUCACCCUGAAAGUCAGGCCACAGUCACUCGCUGCAGCCAGCCCAUGGUCGGAGUGAGUGGGAAACGCAGCAAAGAGGAUGAGAAGUACCUUCAGGCCAUCAUGGACUCCAACGCCCAGUCGCACAAAAUAUUUAUAUUCGAUGCUCGGCCAAGUGUCAAUGCUGUUGCCAAUAAGGCAAAGGGGGGAGGUUAUGAAAGUGAAGAUGCCUAUCAAAAUGCAGAACUUGUUUUUCUGGAUAUUCAUAAUAUCCAUGUUAUGAGAGAAUCAUUACGGAAGCUCAAGGAGAUUGUGUACCCCAACAUUGAAGAAACUCACUGGUUGUCUAACUUAGAAUCCACACACUGGCUGGAACACAUUAAGCUCAUUCUUGCAGGGGCUCUUAGGAUUGCCGACAAGGUGGAGUGUGGGAAGACGUCUGUGGUGGUGCACUGCAGUGAUGGCUGGGACCGCACAGCUCAGCUUACGUCCCUGGCCAUGCUCAUGCUGGAUGGGUACUAUCGGACCAUACGAGGGUUUGAAGUCCUCGUGGAGAAAGAGUGGCUGAGCUUUGGACAUAGAUUCCAGCUGAGAGUUGGCCAUGGAGAUAAGAACCACGCUGAUGCAGACAGGUCACCUGUCUUCCUUCAAUUUAUUGACUGUGUCUGGCAAAUGACAAGACAGUUCCCCACCGCUUUUGAAUUCAAUGAGUAUUUUCUCAUUACCAUCCUGGACCACUUGUAUAGCUGUUUAUUUGGGACAUUCCUCUGUAACAGCGAACAGCAGAGAGGGAAAGAGAAUCUUCCUAAGAAGACAGUGUCACUGUGGUCCUAUAUAAAUAGCCAGCUGGAUGACUUCACUAAUCCUCUUUAUGGAAGCUACUCCAAUCAUGUCCUUUACCCAGUAGCCAGCAUGCGCCACCUAGAGCUCUGGGUGGGUUAUUAUAUAAGGUGGAACCCCCGGAUGAAACCACAGGAACCUAUCCACAGCAGAUACAAAGAACUUCUUGCCAAAAGAGCAGAGCUUCAAAGAAAAGUAGAGGAACUUCAGAGAGAAAUUUCCAACCGCUCAACCUCCUCUUCAGAGAGAGCCAGCUCUCCUGCACAGUGUGUGACUCCUGUCCAAACUGUUGUAUGAAAGGACUAGGCCAGGGGCAUCAUUGCCAGGAACUUGACAUUAUAGCACCUUAUGGGUAGAAAGCCUUCUGUGUUUUAAACCCAUCUAUGGGAGAAUCCUCCUUCUUCAGAUGCUGUAUUUAUUUCAAAUCUCUCUUAGAUGAGUUUAGAAACAUAGCAGUGCAAGUGACAAUGAAGAUGAUCUCAUUUGUAAUUAAAGUGUGACACUAAUCUUAAGUCACCCAAAGAAUACUCAAGUACUGCAGUCCUGUAUUCACACUAGGAGCAAGUUUUUUCAUUUAAAAAUGUCUUAAAAAUCUGAGCACCUGGUAAGAGCUCCAGGAGGAGGAGAAAAGCAAGGGCAUCUGUGAGCAUGCAUACUGAGCCUUGAUGGCGGUCUCAGGUCCAAAUACUCCUUUCUCAAUUUCCCAAUUUUUUUGUGUUAUUUAAUAUAGUAAAAAGCAUUGUUUUGAGAGUAUUAUGGCAUAGUAGGAGUUAAAAGUUGCUGCUCACAUUGCAAUUAGUUUAUUUCCAACAACAGUUAGCAAAUGCCUUAUAUAUGUGCUUUGGGGGAGUUAAAGGGACAAAGUAGUAGCUGUCAUCUAGGAACUCAAAGAAUAUUCCAUAACCAUCAUCCUAAUUUCCAUUUACAUAUUGAUCACAAACAUCACAGAAGACAUUUUAAAACCUUACCAUUAUUCCACUUUAUCUCAAUGCUAUUUGGCAAAUUUUAAGACAGUAUUUUAAAAACUUAAAAGUCUGACUUUAAGAGCUACGUUUAAAUCUCACAUGAACACUUUACCAAAGACCACUCUGCAUGUGCGUUAGUCUCAGUGCCAGCAAGUGCAGCCUUGCGUCUCUGCUCACCUGAGUUCGGUGCUGGUGUGGACAGUUGAUCCCUGGUGUCUGUUUUACUCUGUACAAGAGCCAUAUGUAAUGUACUGUAACAAAUGAGCUUCUUACCACUUGGUCUUUUAAUUAAAUGACUUCAAACUCUGUCCUUGUCCACAGUUGUCUACAGUAUCCUCCCCACCCAACCCCCAAAAUGUUAACCUGGAAUUGUCCAAUUUGAGGCCACUUGUUGACACCUAAAUUCAAACUUUAAAAACCAUUGUUCUCUCA